GGCGCCCUGGGCGCAGCCCUCGCAGCUGGCGCGGCAGCUGCCGCAGUCGACGCAGGCCGCGUCGCAGCCGCAGUCAGCGUGGCAGCCGAUGCAGCCGUCCCAGAGGAAGGGGCCGCUGACCCCCGCCUCCGCGCUGCGCGACUUGAGGAUGUGGCUUCAGAGGCUGCGCGCCGCGCCGCGGGGGGGGGGGGGGGGGCGCCGCGGCUCGUUGUGCCGCAGGCGGACAUGGAGCCCUCGAGCCAGUACGGCCCGAGCCCAGCGCGAAUCGCUGUCAACAGCGUCCAGGCACAGCUCGACGAGAUCAAGCUGUCCGUGCGCACCAGCGAGUCGGCCUGGUUCGGGACGCUGCGGGCCGUGGCCCUCUGCACCGGCCUGGCGUGCGCCUCGCCCUUCGCGCUCUCGGCGCUCGCCACGGAGGUGGCUCUGCCCGUGUUGGGCGCAGGACUCACGCUCUUCGUCGUCAGCGCCGAGGCGCAGGCGAGGACGCGGGCUGCCACCUCGAAGGUCUGGGCGGCGGAGGUCAGCGUGGUGAAGGCCACGAUGGAGGAGAUGGUGGCGAUCGCCUGCCUCUUCCGCGCCCGCAUCCUGGCGGCGGCAGGCUUCACCGCGGCCGCGGCCGUGGUGGCGGUGGUCACGGAGUCGCCAUGGCCACUCGUCGCGGCCUAUCCUCGAGCUGGGCACGUGGUGCAGACGUGCUGGCAGGUGCUGCUGGCGGCGUCGUGCGUGGGCGCGUCCGUGUGGUGCGUCGGGCCCUCGGGUGUGCUCGUGUGGGCCGGGCGCGCGUCCAAGCUGUCGGCCCAGAAGCUGCGGGAGGCCUUGCUGGACGCUACUCGAGCCGCGGGCAAGAAGCUCGAGUCGACGCAGCCCAUCACGCAUCGGGCGACAGCGGCGGCGUCGAAGGUCCAGAGGGCGCAGACGGCAUUCGACAAGGCGCAGGCGCAGCAGCUCAAGCUGACGAUGGAGCUCGAGAGGUGCAAGGCAUCUUUGCAGGAGGCGGCGAGCACCUUUGCAAAGGCAGAGGCCGAGAGGGCCGCGCUCUUCCGCUCCAUGGAGCUCAGCAAUGCCGACGGCCCCAAGGAGCAGAGCGACGUCGUCGAGCUGGAUAAGAGGAAGAAGGCGGCGAUGGAGGCGUCGAUGCACACGCUGAAGGCGACGUCUGGCGAGGCGGGCGAGGAGCUGGAGGAGCGCCGCGAGAAGUUCUCUGAGACGCACGAGAAGGCCGAUGACCACGCAGGGCAGGCGGUCGCGGGCGAUCCCGACGCGGUUGAGGAGGCCAGAUUGGCAGCAUUCAAGCUCACGCUGAAGACGGAAUGCGGAGGCGAUGCUGGUUGA